UGUGGACUCGACAAAACACAUCUCUGUCAUUUUGAUGAGUCGACAAUGUCACAACAUGUAGCAACAACAACAGCUAUUAGUGGUAGUAACGAUAAGAAACAACAACAACAACAACAACAUGUCGUUAUUGUAGGUGGUGGUAUCACUGGUAUCACUUGUGCCCAGGCAUAUAGGACACUCAAACCAAAAGAUCGCAUUACUCUAGUGUCACAGACACCUCUGUUAAAGUCGGUGUUCAAUGUUAACAAGCUAUCAAGGACUUUGGAGGAGUUUGAUGUCAAGGAGUGCUCUCCAUCAGAUGUCUUUGCUGAUGGUGAUAUAGACAUUGUCAUUGGUACUGUCGUACAAGUUAAGAGCAUCACUCGCAUCAUUCAUAUCUCAACGUCGUCAUCAUCAACGUCAACCAACAGUACACUACACUAUGACUAUCUAUGUAUGUGCACUGGUGCAAGGCCAAAUGUCAUCAAGGUUAAUGAUCAGUUACAAAGCUAUAUAAUAGGCAUCAGAGACACUGAGACUGUGAACGAUUUAAAGAAUCGAUUGCAGGGUGCUCAAAGAGUAGUCAUCGUUGGAAAUGGAGGAAUAGCCAUGGAGUUGGUACACGAGAUCACAUCAUGUCAAGUGAUAUGGGCAAUCAAGGACGAACACAUUGGCAAUGCCUUCUUUGAUAUGGACGCAUCAGAGUUCCUCACUCACUCACGACAGAUUGACUCGGCUGUGGAGGAGACUCCCGCUGAACCAGACAACUUUGUGGUCGUGGACAGGUCUUCCAACGAACCAGUGGUGAUGUCCAAUGAUGCAUCGAUUGGACCGCAGUGGUAUGAUCGAUUCAAGUUCAUUGGAUGCGUGGAUGGCAGCAAGAUCAAUUCAAACAAAGUAGAACCAAUCAUUGAGUAUUGCACUACUGUUCAAUCUGUUGACAAAGGAGAUGAUGAGUGGCCAGUAUACGUUAACUUGUCCAAUGGCAAGCGAUAUGGCUGCAAUUUCAUCGUGUCGGCAACUGGCGUGAUACCCAACGACAAGAUAGAGUUUGUACCUUCAACAACAGCACCAACAACAGACAACAUGGGUUACAUCUUGGUCAAUGAUACGAUGCAGACGAGUGUGGGUUGUGUCUUUGCAGCUGGUGACGCCUGUCACAUUCAAUGGAGUGCACCUGCGCCAUAUUGGUUUCAGAUGAAGUUGUGGAGCCAAGCACGUGUCAUGGGCAGAUACGUGGCUCAAUGCAUGGCCACACAGAGCGUCGGACCAGACAGAAAAGACUCAGUCGAUGUCAUCUCAACAGUGUUUGAGUUUGAGCUGUUUGCCCAUGUGACGCGAUUCUUCAACAUGAAGGUGGUGAUGCUCGGACUGUACAAUAGCAACGAUGUGGCCACUGGCUUUGACCCCGAGACUAUGGACGUAUAUCAACGAGUUAUUCCUGGAAAGACAUAUGUCAAGGUGAUACUAAAGAAUGGACGAAUGCAAGGAGCACUGCUCAUUGGUGAGACAGACCUCGAAGAGACCUUUGAGAAUCUAAUCCACAAUCAAAUAGACCUGUCACGUUACGGUGCUAGUAUACUAGAUCCAGACAUUGACAUUGAGGACUACUUUGAUUAA